GUCGCCGUCUCUCACUCAUGUGGCGUGCCGUGGAAGAGAGACAAAGCGACGAAAACGACUCUCGGCAUCAGUCCGCGGCUCCAUUUGAUUUUACUUCAGGAAUAUGCGUGUCACCUCUCACCGGCUGGUCCCCGAAUGCCGGUGCACUUUGAAAGACGGCGCGAAGGCGACAACAUGAUUCUUUCCGCUGCUCUUGUCCUCGUGGUGGCUGGCAGAACCUACUGCGACAUUUCGAACGAUACGGGCACAUCUUUGUCUACCACGCCGACAGCAGAGCAUCGGUCGCACGGAAUGGCUGGAGCUGGAGCAGAAUUUGUACUCAGCGAUCUCGGCGGUCUCUACUCUGUCUGGGGUCACGACCCGGACGCGAGAGGCGUGGACCGAAUCGGUGAAUCGGCGCUUCGUCGACUCGACCUACUCUUGGAGAUGAGGAAGCACACCACGUCCGCCAACUGUAGAGAAGCGUUGGACGUCUUCAUCGAAGGCAGGGCGGAGUUGAAACUUUGGGCGCUUAAAAUGCACUUCGCGUCUGUCGUAUUACCUGACGCCUUACUUUCGGGCGGCAUUUCCCACCUCGGGGAUUUUGACGCGUGUCUUUCGACGGGCGCCACAUACUGUCUGGUGGAUGUAGAAGUCCGCCCUCCGUCCGCCCCAGCGAGCCACGGCCUGGACGAGUGGAGUCCUCGCGAACCGCCCAACGGCAUCAACGCAACGCUUUGGGAUCUCUUAAAGACAUCUGGAAAUCGCCGACGGUACAGACGCGAUUCCCGGCAGUGGGCCGUGUGCCUACCAGAGCAGUGUUAUCGCACCGCUCCAGUCGGGCGAUGUGAAACCAAUGACGCUACCAUCGAGGAGAGCAGUCAGCUUGGCGUUUUGCUGGCGUCAACUUUUCGUGGCAUGGCUCAAUCGUUGGGUGUCCACCUACGGGUGAAUCUCAACCCUACAUACUGUUCCACUUCGAAGAAAAACGAUGCAGCAGGUUCGUUUUCUCUGCGAAGUCUUCACAGCCAGCCCCGGUUUCUAUUUGGCAGCUCCUUCAUUUUGCUAUUUCCUCUACUGGUCGUCGUCGCUUCAACUCGAUACGCGCUGAAAAAAGGUGCCCUGAUGAACACCGAUUGCAACAAAGGCUGCUUGCAAUCAAUGACCGAUUGCUUUGCAAUGCAAACCAACUGCAAAGAUCUCCUGAGAAGGCAAAGUUCCUCGUUGUCUGCCAUAGAAGGAAUGCGUGUCAUCACCACGAUAGGGGUUAUCGCUGGACACAGGGCCAUGUUUCCGUCUGGGGGGCCAGUGCUGAACCCUGAGGGGUUUGAAAGAAUGUAUACAAAGAUGUACUUCAUAAACGGCCACAUUAUCGUCUGUGCGUUCUUCGUCAUCAGUGCCUUUCUUGAUGCUCGCCGUUGCAUGAAACUGUAUGAUAAGUUUCCCAAAUUAAACUUAGAGACGAUCAUGCUCCAACUCAUGCACCGUUACCUCAGAUUUGUUGCAGCGUUAACCGUCGUUGUUGCUAUUGAGGCACUGUGGCUGGAACAUUUCGGUUCGGGGCCCCUAUGGAAUCAGCUUAUCACCAAUGGAGAGGUGGAAAUGUGUAAAACGUUUUGGUGGUCGCAUCUACUAUUCAUCAACAAUUACUUCAAUCCGAGCACACAAUGCAUGCCCCAUACGUGGUAUCUGGCUGCAGCGAUGCACAUGUAUUUUGGGACGCCUAUUGUGAUGUGGAUCAUCCACCGGUGCAUGCAACGUUCGACAUCUCUCGGAUGCACUGUCUUAGGGUCCUUGCUGUUGGUGUCGGCAGGGGUUUUGUACGGCUGCACGGUGGCUUUCGACCUUCGCCCAGUGACACUCAUCAUCCCCAUGUUCUUCCGUCACGGCAACUUUGCAACCAACGCAAACUUCCUGAACCAGUACAUUGUGACGCAUACAAAUCUAGUACCGUAUGCCGCUGGACUCAUAUUCGGAGCGCUCCAUCAUGUCAUCCAGUCUCGAGAAUGGACUCCCAGCAAAGCCACGAAGCGGAACAUGUUUUUGGGGGUAGUGUUCGGCCUGGUUGUACAGGUUGCAACCAUUUUCUCGGGCGCUGCCUACCUCUUCGUUGAAGGAAGACAUCUGUGGCUCGAGUCGAUGUACGCACCAGCACGAAUGGUCUCCUUCUCCGUGCCCAUCGCUUACAUCAUAUUCGCGUGUAGCUUCGGGGCAGGAGGUAUACUGCACCGAGUGCUAUCGUGCACCCCGAUGAUUGCUUUGGGCAGACUGACGUACUCCGUUUACUUGGUCCACCUUACGAUUAUUCUCGCAAGCACCGCAUCAAUUCGACAGCCUGUGUACACCAGCGACUUUACGUUUCUCAAAUCCGUGGCCAGUGACACUGUGCUGUCCUUUCUAGCGGGAUUAUUGCUGUAUAUCUGCGUUGAAGCACCACUGUCUAAAUUAUUAAUGGCUGCUAUCGAAAAAUUUGCUUCGCGCAAGAGGGGUGAAAAUGUGAAAUCUGAUUCACCGUGUAUAUCCUGCAAAUCUUCAUAAGCUGCCUUCACACAACAGCACAGAUUUCUGGCAUGACUUUCCAACAAGGAUUGGUGAUAGCAAUUAUGUUUCAUGACAACAUUCAUGCCGAAAAUUGUGACUUUUGAGGCCUGCCAAUUUUUGACAUGAGUUUUCUGGUUUGCGUGUCAUGAUCUGUCGGUUAGGGGUAGGUUGGGUAAGAAAAGUACACUCGAAGCUCGGGUAAGAAAAGUACUCCCGUUAUAUCUCCGAACUGAAACUACACUGAACCAUCACGUUAGUGGUUGUUGAAAGAUGGGUCAUCCCGCUGACAAAAAAUAAAUUUAGAAAAGUUCUAAAUAAAAGAUUUAGAGUCAAACUGCACACUGUAAAAAAUAUGUUGUGAAUUUACGACGGAAUAUUUUCCGAAGGGUUUUUGGGAAUGUCCAA